UCCAGAAGUUCCGCGACUUCUAGACAUCUACAUCUACAUCUACAGAUAGAGAGGAACGAUCCAGAGAGAGAUAGUGAUCGGGUCUGAGAGAGAGCAAUCCAGGACGAUCCAGAGAGAGAUAGUGAUCGGGUCUGAGAGAGAGCAAUCCAGGACGAUCCACAGAGAGAUAGAGAGAUCGGGUCUGAGAGAGAGCAAUCCAGAGAGAUAUCAAGGGCGAUCCACAGAGAGAGAGGAGCGAUCCAGAGAGAGAUAUAAAAAAAAAACAGGUUUGUGGUGUUUGAAGAGAAAGAGAGAGAAGAGGAUUUGGUUUGAACAGUCCCGAAUUUGUGGCUUUAGCGAGUUUGCCAAGAGUUUGUGUGUUUAAUUUAAAACUUCUUCAUGUGGUAGAGAGAAUGGAUAUGCAAUGAAGUUGGCUUUUUUGAGGGGAUUCAGUUUGCAUAUACUAUUAUUGAUACUCAAGCACACUGUAAAUUCUUUAUUUCCGCAAUUUGAACUUCAAAUGCAAUAAAUAUGUAUGAAAAUGUCAACAUUCAUAACAGCAGCAGUAGUAGAGAUUGGUAAAUUCAUGCAUUGUUAUUCACUUUUACUUGCAUUAGUAAAGACUUAGAAGGUAAUCGCUGCCCAGCGAUUAUUGUUCUUAGUUUUCGGUGAUUGUUUAUAUGUUCUGAUUAUAAUGUUUUGUAAACCUGUAGCCUGUAGGAGCAUUUGUUCUUUGUUAUUGAAUGGGUUUGAGUACUGGAGCAGAUUUUGAAUGAUAAUAUUGAUUACAGGAAGUUGAAUACGUUUUCCUUUAUUCAAGGCAGCUUCAAUUCAAAUCAAAAUCUCUUUUUUCUCUGGGUAAAGGUCUUCACUUUUUGACAGUAAGGUUCUCUUUCAAGUGAUUGAUUUGUUAGAUCGUCUGUAUUCUAGGUUUUUUAGGUUCUAUGCAAAGAAGUGCGUGCAUUAUUCUUCUGCCGCUGUUCCUGUGUACAUUGUUUGGCGUUAUCUCAGUCUCUUAUUCCUAUUCAGCAAUUAUCGGUGAGAACAACAAAAAAGGAGCAUAUCUUCUCACUUUUUCUACUGUUCAUCCAACUCAAUUAGCAAUCAUGCCACCCAAGAGCAGGACAACAAGAAAAAGAAUGCUGCUAGAAGACUAUCACAACUCAGUAAAUUUAGAUCAUCAUGCUCAGAGUCGGGGUGAGAGCUUAUCAACUGAAGGGGAUAUGCGUGAAAUGACAGAUAAUCAGCCUUUCAAUGCAGCUAUAUCUGAAAAUUCUUUCGCUGAUGAAGUUUUGUUGACAGCGACCCCGUCAACAAGAAGAAGAAAGAAGCGGGGUUUACAUCAUAAUGGAGCAUCAAAGAAUUUGUAUUGUGUUGAAAAUGAAGUUACAGACGCAGUGGGACAGCGUGACAAACAAUUUCAGAGUAAUCAAGAGAAUCCCAACACGAUGAUAAAUCAAAGUUUGUUUGCCGGUGAAAGCUCAUCUAAUAAUGCUGGAAAUACAAUAGUUGGAGGUUCAUCUUUUUUUGGUCAGGCAUCAUAUCAAAGGAAUAAACAAGGGGUUAUUAUAAAGUAUGAAGAUUUUGGCGACAAUAGUUUCACAUGUAUUCAUUGCAAUGCAUCUUUUUGGUUAAAAGAAGCAAACAAACAAAAAUUGAAAAAUGCACCCAUCAUCUAUAGAAAUUGUUGUGAAAAAGGAGAAAUCAAAAUCGAACAAUCAAACCCAACUCCAUCAUUUCUUGAGCAACUACUAGAUCCAAAAAACAGAGAAACAACAUUUUUUAGAGAGAAUAUUAGAAUUUACAAUUCAAUGUUCUCUUUUACAUCAAUGGGAGCAACAAUUGAUCAUGGUAUAAAUAACGGAUCAGGUCCUUAUGUUUUCAAAAUAAAUGGUCAAGUACAUCAUUUAAUGGGUUCCAUGUUGCCUCUUGAUGGUGAAUGUCCAAAGUAUGCACAAUUAUACAUCUAUGAUACAAAGAAUGAGGUAUCAAAUCGUAUUAACGCUAUAGAUCCUUCUCAUAUCAAUAAAAAAAUCAGACCAGAUAUUGUGCAGGGACUGAUUAACAUGUUUGAUGAAAUUAACGAAUUAGUUAAAACUUAUCGAACGAUCAGAGAUAAAUUUGAAGAUAGUUCUUUGCCUUCAUUUAAUAUGACUAUGCUUAAUCGCCAGCCAACUGACAGUAAACAAUAUGAGGAACCAACAAGUGAAGAAAUUGGUGGUCUAAUUGUUGGUGACAUUGGAGAAUUCAAUUCAAAUAAAGACAUAGUUAUUCAAUCAAACGACGGACAUUUGAAGCGGAUUACCAAAAUACAUCCUAAAUACAUGUCAUUACAAUAUCCAAUUCUUUUUCCAUAUGGUGAAGAUGGAUAUAAACUUGAUCUUUUGAUGCAAACAACUGCAACAAACCGUAAAAAAAAAAGAGAUAAAAUAUCAAUGCGAUGUUUUAUUGCAUAUCAGAUUCAAGAUAGAAAUAAUGAAAUGAGCACUUUGUUAAAAGGCGGACGAUUGUUUCAACAAUUCUUAGUCGACUCUUAUGCAACUAUUGAAGAACAUCGUUUAGACUACAUUAGAAAAAAUCAAAGAAAUUUAAGAAGCGAAACUUAUAAAGACCUUUUCACCGUAGCUUCAACUGGAAUUAAUGAAGGCCGUAAUCUAGGACAAAAAAUUAUUCUGCCAAGUUCUCACACUGGAAGCCCUAGAUACAUGAUCAACAAUUAUCAAGAUGCAAUGGCAAUUUGCAGACAAUAUGGCAAUCCUGAUCUAUUUAUAACUUUCACUUGCAAUGUUAAGUGGCCAGAAAUAUUGAGAUAUUUUGAAAACAUACCUGGAUAUAAACCAGAAGAUAGGCCCGACAUAAUUUCAAGGAUUUUUAAACUGAAAUUGGAUGAUAUGAUCAAAUAUGUUAAAUCUGGAGAACCUUUUGGAAAAGUUGAAGCAGAUGUUUGCACGAUAGAAUUUCAAAAAAGAGGACUCCCUCACGCCCAUAUGUUAUUUUGGUUGACAAGAAAUUACAAAUGUUAUACAGCAACUGAUAUAGAUUCUAUUAUUUCAGCAGAAUUGCCAGACAAAAAUACCAAUCCAGAGCUUUUCAAAAUUGUUAGCGAAUUCAUGAUUCAUGGGCCUUGCGGACAAAUAAAUGCCAAAUCUCCUUGCAUGCGAGAUGGAAAAUGUUCUAAAUUCUUUCCAAAACCAUACAAUACAAACACUACAUUUGAAACAAAUAUACCUCCAACAUAUCGACGUCGUGAUGAUCACACAAAAUUUGUAAUAAAAAAUGGUAUCCAUAUUGGAAAUAAUUUUGUUGUGCCCUACAAUUCAAAUUUAUUAUUAAAAUAUAAUGCUCACAUUAAUGUUGAAUCGUGUUCUCAAUCUAUGUUAAUUAAAUAUUUAUUUAAAUAUAUUAAUAAAGGCCCAGAUCGAGCUCGAAUUUUAGUGCAUGAAAAUUUAAAUGACGAAAUUCAAACCUAUCUUAAUUGUCGAUAUUUAACUCCUCAUGAAUCUGUGUGGAGGUUGUUUGAAUAUCCAAUUCAUUCUCGACAUCCAGCUGUUCUACAUUUGCAAAUUCAUAUGCCUUCAGAACAAAAUAUUGUUUUUGAUGAAUCUCAAUCUCUUCAAUCAAUUAUAAAACAUAAAAGUAUGGAAGAUACUAUGCUUACUGGAUGGUUUAAAGCAAAUACAACUUAUCCAGAAGCAUGUAAAUUAACUUAUACAGAAUUUCCAACUAAAUUUGUCUGGAAUGAUUGUAAAAAAUGUUGGACGCCAAGAAAACAAUAUGAAACUAUUGGUCGAAUAGCACAUGUACAUCCUACAUUAGGUGAAGUAUAUUUUAUGAGAAUGUUAUUAAAUAUUCAAAAGGGUUGUCGUGAUUACAAUUCAAUAAGAACUAUUAAUGGUAUUACAUAUCCUUCCUAUCAAGAGGCUUGCCGAAUUUUAGGUUUAUUAGGCGAUGACAGAGAAUGGAUUGAAGCAUUAACAGAUUCUUCACAUGUUGCAACAGCAUCUGAAAUGCGUCAACUUUUUGUCACAAUAAUUUUAUUCUGUGAUGUUGCAAAUCCCCAGAUGUUAUUAGAUUCACAUUGGUCAAACAUGUGUGAUGAUAUUUUACAUAAAGCCAGAAUUGAACUUGGAAACCCAAAUUUAACUCUCCCAGAAUCAGAAUUAAAAAAUAAACUUUUAUUUGAAUUAGAACAAAUAUUUAAUAUAUCAUCAAGUUCAUUAAAAGAUCACCAAUUACCAAUGCCUGAUACAAAUAAUCUGUUACAGUUAAAUAAUAGACUGUUAAGAGAAGAAUUAGAUUACAAUUGUCUUGAAUUAAAACGUCACCAUAUAGAUUUAGUAGCUCAAUUAAAUACAUGUCAAAAAAUUGUUUAUGAUCAAGUUAUCAAAGCAAUUGAAGAAAAGACAAUGAAUACCUUUUUUGUUCAUGGUCAUGGAGGAACUGGUAAAACAUUUCUAUGGCAUACAAUAAUAAGCAAGCUAAGAUCUGAAGGCAAAAUUGUUUUAGCAGUUGCUUCAUCUGGAAUUGCUUCAUUAUUACUUCCAAAUGGUAGAACCGCUCAUUCUAGAUUUAAAAUACCUCUCACAGUAAAUAAUUUAUCAAUAUGUCCAAUAAAGAAAGGCAGUCAACUUGCAAAAUUAAUUGAGAAAACAGAAUUAAUCAUUUGGGAUGAAGCUCCAAUGUGUGACAAACAUUGUUUUGAAUCAUUAGAUAAAUCUCUGCGUGAUAUUUUAUCCAACCCAAAUAAUACACAAAUUGAAAAACCAUUUGGUGGUAAACCUAUUUUAUUAGGUGGAGAUUUCAGACAGAUUUUACCUGUUGUUACAAGAGGAACUAAAGAGCAAAUAAUUGAAGCUUCAUUAAACUGUUCAUACCUUUGGACAUCGUUUAAAAUAUUUCAUCUAACUGAAAAUAUGAGAUUAUCGAAUAAAAAUUUAACUGAUGAAGAAAAAAAAAAUAUUUCAACUUUUGCAAGCUGGCUGUUACAAAUAGGAGAAGGCCGUAUACGUUCAAUUGAUUGUGAAAACGAUCAAGAUACAUCUUGGGUUGAGAUUCCAAAUGAUUUACUUAUUCAUUCUUAUACAAAUCCAAUAGAAACAAUUUUUCUUGCAAUUUAUUCAGAUUUUAACAUUAAUUACAACAAAUUUGACUAUCUGAAAGAGCGUGCAAUUGUUACUCCACGAAAUGCUACAGUUCGAGAUAUAAAUGAUUACGCUAUAAAUUUAUUGCCAGGUGACACAACAACUUAUUUAAGUUCAGAUAACAUUUCAUUGAACUCUGGAAGUAAUGAAAAUAUUAAUCUUCUAUACCCUACAGAAUUUUUGAAUAAACUUGAAUUUAAUGGAUUACCAUCACACAUAUUAACUUUAAAAAUUGGCAUGCCGAUCAUGUUAUUGAGAAACUUAAAUCAAGUAUCUGGCUUAUGUAAUGGUACAAGAUUAAUAAUAACAAAAUUAUUUGAUCGAUUAAUAGAAGCAAAAAUAUUAACAGGAAGUAAUACAGGCCAAAAAUUUUACAUACCGAGAAUUGUUCUAACUGCAACUGAAAAUAAAUGGCCAUUCACUUUGAAAAGACGCCAGUUCCCAAUUAGACCGUGUUAUGCCAUGACAAUUAAUAAAAGCCAAGGUCAAUCACUAAAUCGAGUUGGCAUAUAUUUACCUGAACCUGUUUUCACUCAUGGACAAUUAUAUGUCGCACUUUCAAGAGUUACAUCAAGAAAUGGUUUGAAAAUUCUAAUAAAUAAUAACAAUGAUAUGCCAAAUAGAUACACUAAAAACAUAGUUUACAAAGAUGUUCUGCAAAAUCUAUGAAUAAAAGUGUGUAUUACAUUAUAUGUCAAUAUAAUCAUAAAUACCUAUUUUUUGUACUUUUUUUCCGCCAUAAACAUCAAGAAAGAGGAUGUACCAAUCAACAUAUAGUUAUGUGAAAGAACAGAUAGUGACUUUUAUCGUUCAUGUAUUUGUAUAACAUUUAAUCAAAAGAAAAGUGCUGGGUUCUGCUAACAAAAAUGAAGACUCAAAACGAAUGCAGUUUCUCUCUUUCACCCCGUAAUUUCUA